GCGCGGGGUCGCUACGCCUGGCUCUAAUAAAUAUUCCAUUUGACGAGUUUGGAAUUUAUUCAUUUCUCAUGGUAUUUUGGAAUUCCAUAAGGAUGUCGAGGUUAACAGCACUCUGCCCUGUCAAUAUGAUCCCAAUUGCGAUUGAAUUUUCAUGUCUUUAGUUCCUUCGGCGAUGUGGCCUCGCUUUCAGUUCAAGAUGGCGGUUGUGGGAAGGCUCUGGGCUGCAGCCUGACUCUGGGGAAGAGGGAUAUCAGAGGAUCCAAUGGAGAUCGAUUGGAGCCAGUGGAGAAGGGAGCAGCCCUUCUUUCAUAGGUUGCUUCAAUGGCUGGAUAUCCUGGAUCCAACAACAUUAUUAGCGUCAAAUAAGGAAAUAGAAAAUGCACAAAUGCUACUUCAGGGCAGCCUCCCAAAUCUGAAAGAAACAGUGAAAAAUGAAAAGAUUAAACAAGCAUUGAAACUUACUCUGUCUUCGGUUCAUCCAGAUACUGGAGAUGUGUUACCAACAAUUUUCCGUGCUUCAGCAUUUACACCUCUUGCUGUCCCAUUGGUUGUGGCUAUGCUUCUGCCUCACAGAGGGAUGAAGCCAGCUUUAUUUUGGCAGUUCCUCUUUCAGUCAUACAGUGCAGGUUAUAACCUGGCAAACAGAAAUAAAACUACCUCUAAAGAUGUAAAGAUUCCUCUACAACAAGGUUUCCUUUUGGUUGGAGCUGCGACCUAUACUACAUGUUUGGGAGUUUUCCCUCAGUUUGUGAUGAAUCGCUACACAUCUAACAGUCCUACACUACAUACUGUGUUCAGAAAGAUUCUGCCAGUUCCUGUACUUGCGAUUGCAUGUGCUCUGAAUGUGGCAAUAGUUAGAGGCAUUGAAUUUGACAAAGGAGUUGAAGUUGUGGAUGAGAGUGGAAAUGUGGUAGGAGUUUCACAAUUAGCUGGAACUAAGGCAAUAAAAGAGACCGCGUUUUCUCGAGCAGUAUUAGUCGGAACUACAGUAGCUGUACCCAACCUACUUGUCAGUUAUUUACAAAGGACAAAUUUCAUAAGAAGAUUUCCACUUGCUCUGGCUCCUUUUAGACAUACAAUGACAGCCAUUGUAUUCGGACUAAUGGUACCCAUUUCUUUUAGCCUGUAUCCUCAGACAGGGAAGAUAAAACGGAGUAAUCUUGAACCUUUGAUCCAAUCGGCCACAACAGAAGACAGCCUUUAUUAUAACAGAGGGUUGUGAAAGAAAGUUCACAAAACAAGGUUGCAUUGUGCCUGGCGUCAAAUUGUUCGCAUAGACACAUUUCAUUACGCAUGGACAAUAAUUCAAAACCAGGUAGCUCAGGACCUGAAAGCAGCCAAAAUUUUAUUUGAUGCAUAAGUAUUUGUAAUAAUGUAAAACAUUGUAACAACUAAUGUUUGACUAAAUAAUAUUAGUUAUUUUAACAUCAGUUUUUAAAAAAAGUUCCACUGUCCCUGCUUUUUGACAAGUUGUGAUCAAAUACCUUUAUCUAUGAUGGAUUUCCAAGAUUUUUCCAUCCUGUCUUUAAGGCAGUGACUUGUGCUGCAAUACAGUUCCAUGUUUGCAGUCCCUUACUUCCUUUGGAAAUGUGACAUUUUAAUACAGGAGCCUUGUCAUUUUUGGGAUACCAUGGAAUAUCACACUGUCUGCCCAUGAUCACCUCACUCAUUGGCAGAAGAUGCUGGAUGGUAAUGAAGAACAACACCCAAUGCAUGAUUUGCCUGCCAUUGUGUGGCCUGAAAAUAUACAAGUAUAUAUAGAAAGUAUGCAAAGUAUAUAAAAAUAGAAAAUAUACUAUUUUGCCCUCAUUUCUGUCCUGAUGACACCACAAACAAAAGGUGAGAACUUACCAGCCUGUUUGGGUAGCUGAGUCCCACACUGCUAAGUAUACGUAAUCAUGAAGUUGUUGAGGAAUUUGCAUGUGUAUCCUUUCUGGUGCAGAGACCUUAAGGUUUGAAAUUCAUUGAGGCCAUGUAUGUCUAAGCAUUCAAUAUGGCAGGUGAUACAUGGAAAAAUAGGUAUGCAGGGACUCGGACUGAAACACCUGCUGGAUCAUUUGCAUCUGCAAAUCAUGGACCAAACAUCUUUUUGAAGUUCCCUUCCAAUAAUUCCCAGUUAUCCCCUAUCAGUUUUCUCCUUUCAUAACCUGAGACCGACCUUGGUGCCACAGCUGGGAAGCCAACUGCUGCACCAUCAAGUCGAAACCCAUUAAGUUGUUUCUGCACAGCUGGUUGGUAUCCACAGAUAGUUGUCAAUUUGCUAAUGAGAGCUGGUGCCCAACCCUAGAUGGGCCUCAAAUCAGAUUUCUACAUCUCUGUCUCUGACGGCUGAACUCUGAUUGCCAAAACAUGAUAUUUAUUGAUUUUUAAGUUGUAUCUGUUGUAAUUAAGUAAAAAGAAAGAGUAAUCAUGGCACACCUGGGUAAUAAAGACGCUUCCUUUUAUCUAAA